CGUGAAACGAAAAGGUCCGACACUCUUGGCUCAAGACCCCGCGACCUCAGAACUUGCCCAAGUCAUCUUUCUUCCUUCUCGUGCGAUCGACAUCCACCUUUUUUACUAUCACAACCGUUGCUACCACAUACAUCCAACAUGGCCGACUCACUUACUGAAGAGCAAGUCUCCGAGUUCAAGGAGGCCUUCUCUCUCUUUGACAAGGAUGGCGAUGGCCAGAUUACCACCAAGGAGCUCGGUACCGUUAUGCGCUCUCUCGGCCAGAACCCCUCCGAGUCUGAGCUUCAGGACAUGAUCAACGAGGUUGACGCCGACAACAACGGCACCAUCGACUUUCCUGAGUUCCUCACCAUGAUGGCGCGCAAGAUGAAGGAUACCGACUCUGAGGAGGAGAUCCGCGAGGCUUUCAAGGUGUUCGACCGUGACAACAACGGUUUCAUUUCUGCUGCUGAGCUUCGACAUGUCAUGACCUCCAUCGGCGAGAAGCUCACUGAUGAUGAGGUUGAUGAGAUGAUCCGAGAGGCUGACCAGGACGGCGAUGGCCGAAUCGACUACAACGAGUUCGUCCAGCUCAUGAUGCAAAAAUAAGAGACAAUAUUCUGAUACCUCAUCGACCAAACCUUCGGUCCUGCUAUCUCUCGCUAGUCGAUGAGUAACGAACACGCAUGGCAUGAGGAGGGAACUGGUUGAAUCUUCUUUACUUAGUGGCAAAACUGCAAGCGAAACGAAGGGCAUCUGGGACUGGUUGGACUGAAGUUGUGGAGGGUAAUCGGCUUGCUUCCCGUGUUACUUGCUAUCUCUGUGGCUUUUGUGCCACGGACUCUGCCUUCAUGGCUUCUAACAACUGAGCAAUUUUCCAUUUGGCCCGCGAACUGCAUAUUCGUGCCGUAUAUGUACUGUUAUCAAAUUUGUGAUUGUUACCAUGGCCAGUCCGCAUAUCAACUGAUGGCCAUCCAAUGGCUUU